AAUUCGUUGGAUAUGCGAAUAGCUGUUAUUACAGUUUGUCUGGGCAAAUUACAAACAGGCGGCGAUCACAAUUUUCCGGUGACAAAUACACCGACUGCGAAGUGGGGUAACCGCACGGGGAUGUCGAAAAUCUCGCCCGAAUAUAACACAUCGGUCACUUGCUUUCACUUCAAAGUACAGAGCGGGCCACGACGCCCAACGAACUGCGACGCGUCUAUUCAAAUCCGAGGUUGUACUACAACGGACGCGGGAAUUUAAAAAAAAUAUAUCGACUUUUAAAAGUAUAAAAAUUAUAUUAUUCGAUAACGAAAAAUUGGUAAAAGUGACAUUUGUGUUUGAAAAUAAUACACUAUAUAUUGACAUAUAUAAUUAGCAAUUUGUUUUAAAAAAAAUGAAAAUGGCUGACCGUUGCAUUAAGUCACUUUUAAUAUUUUGUCUGGCGAUUAUUUGCCACAAUGGAGAAGCUGCGGAAAAUGAGAAGCCAAAGUUGCCGGACUAUCUUCCAUCGUGCAAACGAAGUGACCCCGAGCUGGACACGUGUAUCAAAAACUCGUUCAAUAGUCUACGACCGCACCUGGCCCGUGGUCUCACGGAUCUUGGCGUGCCUCCUGUGGAGCCACUGCACAUUGAUCGUCUGGUUAUGGAGAACUCCGCGGGACCCGUGAGGGUCACCGCUGCCUUCAGUAACAUAACCGUCAUCGGACCCAGUAACUACACAGUCACCAAGAUCAGGUCUGAUUUAAAAAAGAUGCGAAUCGACAUGGGCUUGGCGUUGCCGCGCAUUGAGGUGUCCGGCCACUACGAGGUGUCCGGUCAAGUUCUGCUGUUUCCAGUGCGAUCACAAGGCAACUUCUGGGCUGCUUUCAUCGAUGUAGCAGCGAUUGCUAAAAUAUAUGGAAAGGAAGUUGAACGCGACAACGAGAAAUACAUGUCUAUCGAAAGAUUACUAGUGGAUUUCAAGCUUAAAAACUCUCGUUUCAAAGUAAGAGACACUGUCAACCAUGGUAGUGUUAUUGGUGAGGCGAUGAAUCAAUUCCUGAAUAACAAUGCGCCAGAAAUUAUAGAAGAAAUGAGACCUGCCGCCUCUCUGGCAAUCGCUAAACAUUUUCAGACAUUCCUCAAUGCUGCUUUCAACAAGAUCCCCAUAAACCACUGGCUUAAGCCUUGAAUAGUGUAAUCAUACGGAUACAUUUAAUCAGUGAUAGGUAUUGUUAGAAUAAGUAAGUUUUUUGGUGAAAUGUUGCUAAUCGUGGUUCAACCACUAUUUAAGCUGUGAUCGUUUACGUAUUUCUCUUGUUUGUGUACUUUAUUUCGUCAAACGAUUUGUGUUCUCACUCCCGCAUGCAGUUUUUAUUUAUUUUCAAUUUUGUGCUUGUUUUUUUAGU